UAGUCCGCGCGCGCGCGCCCGGCCCCUGGGCCCCUUUUUUUGGCGCGGCGACAGAGGCGCUCGUCGGACUUUCCCUGUCUCGGCGAAGGAGGCCGCGCCGUCCUCGAUAGUGGGUUUGUGACGCCGGGGGGGUGGGGGGGGCGCGGUCGCCUGUUCUUGGCCCUUGGCGCGGCGAGGGGGCUUGUCGCAUUUCCUGUUUCUGAAAGGCCGCUCUAGGUCGCGCCGUCCUCGGUGGUGGAUUUGUGACGUCAGAGGGUGGGCUCCGCGCGCGCGGGCGCGCGGCCUGCCGUGGCGCCUGCGCGUUGAGGCGCUCCUCGGACCGCCGCCUUUUUUUUUGUCGCUCUGAGGGGGGAAAUGGAGCCCGGCGGUGGCCGCCGCGAGAAGCUCCCGCCGCCGCCGCCGCUGGUGCUGCCGCCUGCCAAAGGCAAGGAGGGCCCCGGGUCCAGCGGCGUCGGAGGCAACGCCCGCCUGGAGAAAGCCAAGCAGCGCUCGGCUCAGCAGGAGCUGAAGCAGCGGCAGCGCGCCGAGAUCUAUGCCCUCAACCGGGUGAUGACAGAACUGGAGCAGCAACAGUUUGAUGCCUUCUGCAAGCAGAUGAGGGCUUCCAGUGAGUGACCCCUGCAGACAGCCAGAUCUUUGCUCCCCACACAAGACUUCACUCCAGGUCUGGAUGCUGGACCACGGUCAGUGGUCUGUUAAGCCACGGUGGGAAGUCCCCAGACCCUUUUUUCCUCUGUGCUACGGCAGUGCCUCUCAGCCACUUCUAAGUCCUUGCCAAAAUGGAGUUUCUCAUUGUUUGAACUGGUUUUUUUUAAAUCCUAUUUAUUAAAUAAAAUGUGUGUUUUAUAUGUGUGCAAAUAAAUACCUGUGAGACCAAA